CCGGUCGGACGUGCCUCCUGCCGCUGCUGCUGUGCGCCGCGCUCCGGAGCCUGCGGGCCAGCCCCGGCAGCGAGGUGAAUUUGCUGGACUCACGUACAGUAAUGGGGGAUCUAGGAUGGAUAGCCUACCCAAAAAAUGGGUGGGAAGAAAUUGGUGAGGUGGAUGAAAACUACGCUCCGAUACACACAUACCAAGUAUGCAAGGUAAUGGAACAGAAUCAGAACAACUGGCUUCUGACCAGCUGGAUCUCUAAUGAAGGGGCGUCUCGCAUCUUCAUUGAGCUCAAAUUCACCCUGAGGGACUGUAACAGCCUUCCAGGAGGACUUGGGACCUGCAAGGAGACUUUUAACAUGUAUUACUUUGAAUCAGACGAUGAAGAUGGGAGGAACAUCAAAGAAAACCAGUACAUCAAGAUUGAUACCAUUGCUGCUGAUGAGAGCUUCACAGAGUUAGACCUUGGCGACAGAGUGAUGAAGCUCAACACAGAGGUGAGAGACGUUGGGCCCCUAACAAAGAAGGGAUUUUACCUCGCUUUCCAGGACGUGGGUGCCUGCAUCGCCCUGGUCUCCGUGCGUGUGUACUACAAGAAGUGCCCAUCGGUAAUCCGCAACCUGGCCCGCUUCCCUGACACCAUCACGGGUGCGGACUCCUCGCAGCUCCUGGAGGUGUCAGGUGUCUGCAUCAACCACUCGGUGACUGAGGAGGCACCGAAGAUGCACUGCAGUGCAGAAGGGGAAUGGCUGGUGCCCAUCGGGAAGUGCUUGUGCAAGGCAGGCUAUGAGGAGAAGAACAACACCUGCCAAGUAUGCAGACCUGGGUUCUUCAAAGCUUCACCCCACAGUCCAUCCUGCAGCAAAUGUCCCCCUCACAGCUACACACUUGAUGAAGCAUCCACAUCUUGCCUGUGUGAAGAACACUAUUUUAGGAAGGAAUCAGACCCACCUACAAUGGCCUGUACAAGACCCCCCUCUGCUCCUCGGAGUGCCAUCUCAAAUGUUAACGAGACUAGUGUCUUUCUGGAAUGGAUUCCCCCUGCUGAUACUGGUGGAAGGAAAGAUGUGUCUUAUUAUAUUGCAUGCAAGAAGUGCAACUCACACUCGGGUCUGUGUGAGGCGUGUGGCGGUCAUGUCAGGUACCUCCCCCAGCAAACCGGCCUGAAAAACACCUCUGUCAUGAUGGUGGAUCUGCUUGCUCAUACAAACUAUACCUUUGAAAUUGAGGCAGUGAAUGGAGUGUCCGACCAGAACCCCGGAGCCCGGCAGUUUGUGUCUGUAAAUGUAACCACAAACCAGGCAGCACCUUCUCCAGUCAGUACUGUGAAAAAAGGGAAGAUAACUAAAAAUAGCAUCUCCCUUUCCUGGCAGGAGCCAGAUCGACCCAAUGGCAUCAUCCUGGAAUACGAAAUCAAAUAUUUUGAAAAGGACCAGGAGACAAGCUACACCAUCAUCAAGUCCAAAGAGACGACGAUUACGGCGGAUGGCUUGAAGCCAGGCUCAGCGUACGUCUUCCAGAUCCGAGCCCGGACAGCUGCCGGCUACGGGGGCUUCAGCCGAAGGUUCGAGUUCGAAACCAGCCCAGUGUCAGUAGCUGCAUCCAGCGACCAGAGCCAGAUUCCUAUAAUUGUUGUGUCUGUAACAGUGGGAGUCAUUCUGCUGGCUGUUGUUAUCGGUUUCCUUCUCAGCGGAAGUUGCUGCGAUCAUGGCUGUGGGUGGGCUUCUUCUCUGCGUGCUGUUGCCUAUCCGAGCCUAACAUGGCGAUGUGGCUAUAGCAAGGCUAAGCAAGAUCCAGAAGAAGAAAAGAUGCAUUUUCAUAAUGGCCACAUUAAGCUGCCUGGAGUGAGGACCUAUGUUGACCCCCACACCUAUGAGGACCCUAAUCAAGCUGUCCACGAGUUUGCUAAGGAAAUUGAAGCUUCAUGCAUAACCAUUGAAAGAGUUAUCGGAGCUGGUGAAUUUGGAGAAGUCUGCAGUGGGAGGCUGAAGCUGCAGGGAAAGCGUGAGUUUCCGGUGGCUAUCAAAACCCUGAAGGUGGGCUACACAGAGAAACAGAGAAGAGAUUUCUUGGGAGAAGCAAGCAUCAUGGGGCAGUUUGACCACCCCAACAUCAUCCACCUGGAAGGUGUUGUCACAAAAAGCAAACCAGUAAUGAUAGUGACGGAAUACAUGGAGAAUGGCUCUCUGGAUACAUUUUUAAAGAAGAAUGAUGGGCAGUUCACCGUCAUCCAGCUGGUCGGGAUGCUACGAGGCAUUGCCUCAGGAAUGAAGUACCUGUCUGACAUGGGUUACGUGCACAGAGAUCUGGCCGCCAGGAAUAUCCUGAUCAACAGCAACUUGGUCUGCAAGGUGUCAGACUUCGGCCUCUCCAGAGUCCUGGAAGAUGACCCUGAAGCAGCAUACACAACCAGGGGAGGGAAGAUCCCCAUUCGAUGGACAGCGCCUGAAGCGAUUGCCUUCCGCAAAUUCACAUCUGCCAGCGACGUCUGGAGCUACGGCAUUGUGAUGUGGGAGGUGAUGUCCUACGGCGAGAGGCCUUACUGGGAAAUGACAAACCAAGACGUGAUUAAAGCCGUGGAGGAAGGCUAUCGCCUGCCAAGUCCCAUGGACUGCCCUGCUGCUCUCUACCAACUAAUGCUCGACUGCUGGCAGAAAGACCGCAACAGCAGGCCCAAGUUUGACGAAAUUGUCAGCAUGUUGGACAAGCUCAUCCGUAACCCCAGCAGCUUGAAGACGUUGGUUAAUGCAUCAAGCAGAGUGUCGAAUCUGUUGGUAGAGCACAGUCCAGUUGGGAGUGGUGCCUACAGGUCCGUGGGUGAGUGGCUGGAAGCCAUCAAAAUGGGCCGAUACACAGAGAUCUUCAUGGAGAAUGGAUACAGUUCAAUGGAUGCAGUGGCUCAGGUGACCCUAGAGGAUUUGAGACGUCUGGGAGUGACACUUGUUGGUCACCAGAAGAAGAUAAUGAACAGCCUUCAAGAGAUGAAAGUCCAGUUGGUGAAUGGGAUGGUGCCGUUGUAACACGGUUUUUAAAGUUGCUUCCUCAAGUGGGUCGGUCCUGCACUUUGUACUCUAGCCCUGAGAUUUAUUUUGACUAAAAAAACCCAAGAAAAGAUAAAAAGGGAAAUUCAGUGGUUUCUAUAACUGAAGGAAAUUGGCCUCUGCUGCAGCAUUUCUAAAGCAGUGUUUGAGUAAAGUUUUGCUUUUCUUCCUAUUUGUGUCCUCAUUUUCAUGAAGUCAAUGUAAGAUGCAUGGAACGUGGAAACGAAUCUGCUGUACAUGAGGUUAACCAGUCUGUUAAACUUCAGCGGUGAUGACAAGCCUUCUACCACGUGUUGUCUGUACAUGGGAGGUACAUAUAUAUAUAUAUAGCACCUUUAUAUACUGAAUUACAGCAGCACAUGGUAAUGCUUCCAAGGACUGACUUGAAUGGCAGAUUUUUGUGGCCAUUCAUGGACUCCAAAUAGCUGCAGUUUGCUGAAGUAUAACUUCGAGUCUUACUUGUCUACAGAAGUGUAUUGAAGAGCAAUAUGAUUAGAUUAUUUCUCGAUAGAUAUUUUGUUUUGUAAAUUUAAAGAAAAGAGAAAAAAAUGCUGUUACACAGCAUUAAGUUAUAGAGAAGACUAGCAUAUAAACAUGUUGCUUGCUCCAUGGCAAAUACAAUACAGGGUGUAUAUUUUGUUUUCCUCCUUCUGUGUUACCAAGUUCUUUUUCUUUGCUCAUUGGGGAGGAUAAUACAUGUUGAAGAUGUAUAUACUGUACAGUUUGCUACGCAUCAGGUACAAGAUUGGAGCUCUAUCCUUGGUUUGUUCCUUCUUUCCUCCCUCUUUUACUUAGUCUCCCUUUUGUGUUACCCCUAUGCUUUGUAUGUUUGCUGCAGUUUGGUUUGAUCAAUACAUAAAGUCUUCAGGAGUUUUGAUUAUGUGUAUAAGGUAGAAGGAAGUUGCUUAAAUAAAAGAUGUUGCCCUCCUCUUCCUUUACACCAUGGGUUGAGGACAUCCAGAAGAAGAAGUAAAACAUCUGGUUCUUGAUGGCCUCCAGCAACAACGUGGCAUUGAUUUUUCUGUGUCCUGGCCAAAAAUGGCAUGGGAUUGCCUCUGCACAGGUGCUUUAGCCCAGUAGCCAACACGCAGUGCAGCCAUCAUCUCUGUUCCUGGAGCCCAGGAGAGAAAGCACAAGAUGGUUUUAGCUGGAAGGAAGGAAUUUUGUUGUUCCUUUUCUGAUGAUGUAGGUUAAGCCCUGGGGCACAGUGUAGAAAUGAGCCUGUGACCAUCCAGUGUGGAGAUGUUGUAGUAUUUCCUCCACAGUGGUGGGAGUGGGAUUAUUUUUGGAACUGUACUGUCCCAAGAUGUCUCUCAGCAAUCUAGGUUUGUUGUGGACCUGGCCACUUUGUGACACAGAGCACAGAGGGGAGGGAAGGGAAGAGAAGAGAAGAGUAGCCCAACAUGGUCACAGAGGUGGCAUCCUGAGGACAAGGAGAUGCCAUUUGUCUGGGGCUGGUGCAGCUCAGAUCAGGAUUUGGUUGUAGCUUGGCUCAGUGUAUCCAUUAAAACCCAUGGCUAGUAUUUUCAGAGGGACCUGAGGGCAACCCAAUCCCCUGGGAAUCACACCAUUAUUUUGGGGUUGUCCUCCUCUUUUUAUUGUAGAUAGGAUUAAACAGCACAGUUAAUUUGGUAUUCAUAGGUUGGGCUUUUAUUUUGUGAAGACUUUGAUGAGGAUUUUUAAGCAGCUCAGUGGAUUGGAAGGGUUUGUUGUUUCUGUAAAUGUAUUGCUUCCUUAGAGUUUGCAUAGCAUCUUGUGGCAUCCUUCCUUAGCAAUAACAUCAAUAUAUGGAGUUUCUAUAGCUCCCUCUGUCCCCAGUGCUGCAGAGCCAAGCCCAAUGAGCUCAGACAGCCAAAAGGAGGCCUGUGUCCUUCAUGUCUUGCAGAAACAGGUGUUGCAAGACAUCUGAAGCUGUUUCAAAAUAUUUCUUUCAUUCCCCCCAGCCUUUGGAUGAGAUUUGAUACACAGAAUGUUUUUUUUUUUUAAAGAAGGGAAGCACCUAGGAGAAGAGAUUGAGUGGUUUUUUUUUUUUUUUCCUUAGCAGCAGGGCUUUGUUGGCUUACAGCAGGGCUUCUUCAGGCAAUAUUUGCCUGUCCUGAAAUGGCCCCCUCCACCUCUGCAAGCAACUGCUGAGUUCCUCAGGAAUCAGGAAAAAUAGAGGGAAAGGAGCCACAGCGAGGUCUAACAAAUCUUGAUAGUGUCAUUUCUCAUCCCAUUGUUUCAUUUUGGCAGCCACCAGACCACAAAAGAGGAAGAGGGUAUCAAGACAUAACAAUUUCGGCACGGAAAAGAGAUUUGUCAUAUAAUAAAUAAGAUUAUUAGAGCUGUCAGCAGAAGAGUCUUGAGAUUAUUUGUGCCUCCCUGUCUGCAACACUUGGGAAAAUACAUGUAGGAAGACAGAAACAACUCAUUUCAUCAGGAGGAAUCGUUCAUUUGCCUGCAUCCAUUGGUGGCACUGAGAUGCUAUGAACAAAUAUGUAGCAUUUUCUGCCCAUCUCCACUCAUUCCUGUCCAGUUGGAUCUGUGGGAGGAGUUGAACUUGGUCUUUUUUUUUUUUUUCCUGGCCUCUUAAAAGCAAAAUCCUCUUUUCAUCAUUUGUAUUGAUGGAAUACCUACCAGAUGCUGGAGUAAUGUUCAAAAUGAUAAACCAGUGGAAAACAAAACUGUUCUUUAGCCAGACUGCAUUUGUAAAUAGGGCACCUGUUCUCGCUUCCUCCAAUAAAUAAAUAAAUAACUUUUUCUAUUUAUUUCAAGAGCUGUUCUUGCUACAGAUCUCUGUAUAAUAGACUUUGUCUUGGAGCAUAAAAAUUAAACGUUGUUUUAAUGUGUAGGGUCCAAAGGUUACAGCUCCUGUGUCCAUGAGCAAAUUACAGAGACAAUGGAGGUUUUCAAUUCCCAUCCAAGAACUGAAAGAACUUUGUUGUGUGUUGGGCAUGAUUAUAUGUUUUGGGGUGCAGCAGAAGAAGAUGACAGCAACAUUUGGCUGGUGAUCCUCUUGGAAAGGGCUGUAGGUGGAUUUCCUGCCCAUGGUAAGUCCGAACACUUUGCUUUUCCAGCUCACUACUGCUGCAGCUGAGCCAAAGGAUUCCGUUUUUUCCAGUAUAUUUUGCUGGUAAUUGAGAGGGAGAUAUUUCAAAGGAUUCAAAAGGUAGACAGGCUUUUUUUUUAUUACAGUUUUUCAUUUUGGGAGAAGGAAGUGUCCCCAAGAAUGGCUUGUGUAGACUGACGCCCUUUCAUUGUGUAGCUACCACUUGGAAAAACUACUUCAGCAUUAAAAAGGAAGACUGAUAUAAAAGGGAGAAAAACUAGUUUAAAAUUUUAUCUAUUCCUCUUAUAUGUUAAUAGUGAGAAGAAUAAAAAAAUAAAGGUCAUUUUUUUUUUUGUCUAUUCAGUGUUGAAUAUAAUGUAGAAAGUUCCAGUGCUCAAGAAAUUGUGACUCCUGGACUGCUGUGGACUUGAAAUUAGAUGUUAAGGCAGAUAUUAAGUGUUAGUCUUAAGACUAACACUUAGUUGCCAAUCCUUUAUUGUAGUUCCUUAGAGCAGGUAGAGCAGGAGCUGGUGCAUCCAGCGCUGCCAGAGCUGCAGCAUCUAUCUCAGCUCCUUGCAUCAGUGUUUUAACUCAUAGGAGACUGUAGCACUGCUGUAUUUAUUCCUCACUUUUCCCCCUCUUUGGAUGCUCUCUGUGCAUUUUGUUUGUGUACAUGGGUUUUUUUUCUCGUGUAAGAUGCGAAAUUUUCUAUUUUUUCAUAAAAAUAAAAACGUUUGACUAACAGCAA